ACCAGACAGUGCAGUGCCUAUCUGUCAGCUUCAGUGUGUUAGAGGAGAAAAAAAACACAUGUAUGAUUUUACAAACAGAGAUUUUCAAAUGAUUUACCGCGGACUUGGACUAAAACCUUUACAUCUCAACUUGUGCUUUGGACCCACGAGAAAAUACGGCAAACUGCAAGUUCUGGAUUUGAACCAAGGCAAAGGAAAAGGUCGGGAAGUUACGGAUCUUUGUUGUCCGGACAAGAGAGAGGGGCCCGAUUUCAGAGCAGCCAGACUCGGGUGAAGUUAGCAAGCAAAUCGGUACCAAGGAAGCCAGCAUCGUAAACCAGUUAGGAAGAGGAUAGUCCAGUUUUCGACAGUGUGUGAGGGGACAGAUGUGAGGAAGGCAGGAUGGGGACCCAGGGCAGCCCGGUGAAGAGUUAUGACUACCUGUUGAAGUUCCUCCUGGUCGGGGACAGCGAUGUGGGGAAAGGGGAGAUACUAGACAGCCUACAGGAUGGAUCGGCAGAGUCUCCGUACGCGUACAGCAGUGGCAUCGACUACAAGACCACCACUAUUCUGCUGGAUGGGAGGAGAGUGAAACUGGAGCUGUGGGACACGUCAGGACAGGGGAGGUUCUGCACCAUCUUCAGGUCCUACUCCAGAGGGGCUCAGGGGAUCCUGCUGGUGUAUGACAUCGCAAACCGCUGGUCGUUCGAAGGCAUCGACCGCUGGAUACGAGAGAUUGACGAGCAUGCCCCGGGUGUACCUCGUAUCCUGGUAGGCAACCGGCUCCACCUGGCGUUCAAGCGCCAGGUUCCUACGGAGCAGGCCCGGGCGUACGCGGAGAAGAAUGGCAUGACCUUCUUUGAGGUCAGCCCGCUCUGCAACUUCAACGUCAUCGAGUCAUUCACAGAGCUGUCUCGCAUCGUACUGAUGAGGCACGGCAUGGAGAAGUUCUGGAAGCCCAACAGAGUCUUCACUCUCCAGGAUCUGUGCUGCAGAGCGAUUGUCUCCUGCACGCCCGUCCACCUGAUCGACAAGCUGCCGUUGCCCGUGGCGAUAAAGUCCCACCUCAAGUCCUUCUCUAUGGCCAAUGGGAUGAACGCAGUGAUGAUGCACGGACGUUCCUAUUCGCUGGCCAACGCGGGGGGCGGGUCUAAAGGGAACAGUCUGAAGCGUUCUAAAUCUAUCAAACCCCCCCAGAGCCCCCCACAGAACUGCACACGUAACAACUGUAAAAUCUCCUAGUGAUAGACCCUGUCUGGGGGAGGGGGAGACUGACACCCUAAACACACUGAAACAGACCCUGUCCCUUCCACUGAGGGGAGGAUGUGUAGAGCCUGUGGGGAGAACCAAGUCUGAGACCUAACCUACACCCUGAAGGGAGGAGAUACCCUGAA